AUAAAUUUAACCUAAGAGGAAAAAAUGGAAAAAAAAGAGUAUAAAUGCACAAAUGUAUUCGCUGCAGCUUUAUUCAUGAUAGUGGCACUUUGAAAGCAAUAAGAAAAUUCAAAUGCAAAGAGAAACUGGGAGAAGUAAUUAAAUUCAAGUAAAUGAACAUAUAAAGGACAGCCCUUCCAAAAUCAAAGAGCAGGAAAAAGAAAAAAAAAUAUGUGGUCAAAUCAGAAGGAAGUCUGGUGAUGUUUUGCGGCUGAGUGCUAUUACUUGUCCUUUAAAAGGGACCUUUACAGCUUUGCCCUCUGAUUAAUGUCCUUCUUAGGCAGGUGGCAAGGAACUCUUCUUUGUCCCAAACCUUAAUCGUCUCCAACCUUCUUGCUGUGUGAAUCGGGAGGAAAAGGCCAAUUUCAGAAAUCACAGGGAUCAGAGGCCCAGGGCUCACUCUGCGUGGGGAAGAAACCAGCCCUGCCUGACCUCCUUACAGGAAGUUUGAGUGUCCUGGAGCCCCUUUCAGCCUUGUGUCCUUUCAUUUUCUAGGCUGGCCUCAGGAUUAUGCUAAUUAACUUCAGGUCCAACUGCCUUGUUGCCUGGCGACAAAGUUUUACCCUAGAGGAGUAAGAACUGGGACAAACAAGAUAAGUUUUUGUUGGUGGUGUCCCUGCAUUUAUUGAUUUGCUUUAACUUUGCCAAACAACAGCUACUUCAAACUCUGCUUUUUUUUUCCCUCUCUCCUCCAUUGAGUAAGCAACUUUGGAAAUGCCUGUUUUCCUGGCGUGCUUUAUUUACAAAUCCCAGACACCAGCUUAUGCAUUAUUAAGGAGAGAAGGCAGCCUGCCCUGAGCCCUGGCCAGGAAGGACAGCUAGCAGGGAACACAGUCGGGUGUUCUCAGAGUCUAUCUUCUAGAAUUUUCAUGUAACUCCUUCCUCAAACUGAUUACCAUCCAAUCAGAAAAAUAUUCUUCAAACAAAGUCUCUUAAUAAAAGAACAUGGCCCAGGUUGGGAGAGGCAUCAAGGGCAAGAAGAUCACCUUCAAUGUGGCCAAGAAUUGUAUUAGAAUUACUUUUGAUGGGAAAAGACGCCUUGAUCUGAGCAAGAUGGGACUUACCUCCUUCCCCAAGUGCAUUCUGCGACUCAAUGAUGUGGACGAGCUUGAUCUUAGCCGGAACAUGAUAAGGAAGAUCCCUGAAUCUAUUUCCAAGUUCCAGAACCUGCGUUGGCUGGACCUGCACAGCAACUACAUAGAUAAGCUCCCUGAGUCCAUUGGCCAGAUGACCACCUUGCUCUACCUCAACAUCAGCAACAACAAGCUGACCACCAACGGACUGCCUGUGGAGCUGAAUCAACUCAAGAACAUCCGUACUGUCAAUCUGGGUUUGAACCACCUGGACAGUGUGCCCACCACACUGGGUGCUCUGAAGGAGCUCCAUGAAGUGGGGCUCAAUGACAACCUGCUAAAAACCAUUCCAGCAAACAUCUCCAAGCUCCCCAAGCUGAAAAAGCUUAACACGAAGAGAAACCCUUUUCCAGACACUGAGCAGUCAACCUCAUUCAUAGAUUCCAUUAAAAGGAUGGAGAACCUGUAUCUGGUCGACGCAAAAGAUCUGUGUGGGCCCUGCCUGCGGAAAUGCCAACUGGCCCGGGAAAAUCUGAACAAAAUGAAGAGCAUGGUUUUGCCAGGACCCAGAAAAGCCAUCUUCCCAAAUUUGGUUUCACCCAACUCCAUGGCUAAGGAUUCCAAAGAAGACUGGAGGAUGCGCACACCUUCCUGGAAUAGCUUACGACAAAGACAGGAAGAAUAAGCAACUAACAGGAAUCAGCGACUCUGAAGAGGAGAAGCCCUGAGUUAGGAGAAGACAAAGAGUGAACAGGGAACAUUCUGGAAGUGAGGCUCUCUGGUGCUGCCCAAGCCACUGACUUGCCUUAUGAAUAUCUGCUUUGCCUACCUUCCUUUAGGAAAUGUGUGAGAAGGUGUGAAAAUGACUUGGGAAAAUAUUUGAAGUACUUUUUUAAAUGUAGAAGAAGCAUUUAAGAAAAUUAUUAAUAUACUAUUGACAAAUAAAGACAAAAAAGAUGUUAAGUCUUUAAAGGCUUACAAUCUCAACAUUUCACUCAACUGGAACAAUCAGACUGAAAUACUUCAAGCAACUAACAUUUAUACAAAAUAUUUACAUAGAGAAAUAAGCAUAUUAUAAAGAAUUUCAACAAAUCUUUUAAUUAUGCAUAGGUAGGCAGAAAACAGAAAUGAAGAAUAAGGAAAAAUCAGAAAAUAAAAGAUAUUUAUGUCCCAACAUAUCAAUAAUUACAUUAAAUGUAAAUGGUCAACUUUAUUUGUAACAGCUACAAACUAGAAACAAUUAAAUGUCCCCCAAUGAACAAAUGGUUAACCAAAGUCUGGAAUACAUCAUGGAAUACUAUUCAGCAAUAAAAAAUGAGCACAAUAUUCAUACAUACAACAACUCAGAUGGAUCUCAAUGGCAUUGGUUUGAAUUUUAAAAGGCCAAAGACUGCAUACUCCAUGAUUCUAUUUAUAGAACAUUAUCUAGGACACAAUGAUAGAGAAGAAAAGAAGACCAGUGGUUACCAGGAAUUAAGGAUGGUUGGGAAUGGAAUGGCAGGGAGUGGGUAUGAUCAAUAAAGUAGUGGUUCAAGAGAUAUAUUUGUGGUGAUAAAAUAAUUGUAUAUGUUGAUUAUGAUUAUCAUUACAUGUGGUAAAAUGAUAAAUAACUAUGAACAUACAUGUACCAGUGUAAAUGUCCUGGGUUUUGAAAUCAUACAAUAGUUACAUAACAUGUACCCAUUGUGGGGAGUUAAAUUAGGUGAAGGGUACCCAGGCCUGUCCCCUUCACCACUCUUACAUUGCAACACUCUACCUGGCUUCCAUUUUCCACCCUUAUAAUCUGUGUGGCCAUUCUGGCUAGUCCUUCCCUGCUGGGAGCCAUUAGCCAAGUAGGUAUGACAAUUUCCUUGCCAGCGUACCCCAUGUUGCUGACAUGUUGCAGUGACAUUGAAUGUAAGUGACCUUGCUCAAGGACCAAGGCAGAUUAGGGUGUUCCCGGUUUUAAGAUAAUCGUGUUUAGGGCAUUCCCAGUUUAGGUUCCAGGUUUAAGGUUUAAGAUUAUUCCUGCUGGGAAUAGGGCGUAUCCUGCUGCCUGAGUUCCCCUUGAGUUCUCACGGGAUUCAGACAAUAUAUUUUGGAGAUAGAAGCCCAGUGGAGGUGGAUUUGGGCAGAGAACGUGGAUUUGGGAAGAGAACGUGGAUUUCCCCAGAACGUGAUUGUAGACGGCUGGUGUGAGUUCGGGAAUAAAGAGUUGCUGUUUGAAUCUACAAGCUGUGUGGUGGCUCGUGAUUGUGUGCCCAGCCAGACUGCGGCAUUUGUGCCCAGCCAGACAUUGGCAUUUGGCGUCCCGUGCGGGGAACUUCUGAAGCUUAGAGGUAAGUGAAAUUUCUCACCCUUGAGGAAGAGAGAAAGAAUGGGUGAAUAUUUCAAAAAACAAUGUGUUAUUGUUUUGAUUUAUUUUGUUUUUAUUUCAAGUUGCCUGUUCCUAGAACUUUCUCAGGCAAACUGGGGAAAAUGGUUGACUCAAGGUUUGAAGUUGUUCGCCUCCGAGCAAGAUAAAUUGUUAGAGGAAGAAGGCACCCCAGUAAGACCAAGAACAAUUAGGGCAUAUGUUGAUACAAUACAAAAAUGUAGCCCAUGGCUUUUUAAAGACAAGUUAUUAAGUAUAUCAAUGGGACCAUCAUGGUAUCCUGUAGAAGGAUUUUUCUUCAACAAGAAAGAGAUGGCUAGUUCUGUUUACUACACUUGUCUAAGAUCUUGGUUUUUACAGACAUCUGAUUAAUUUACAAAGCUAAAGUGUUAAAAUAUCAGCCACUAAAUAUGAAAUCAAGUACUCUUUACUUAUUAAGUUCCAUAAGGUAAUAUAUUUAAACAUUAUGUGUGUUUUCAUAAAUUGGUGAAUGGAAAAAGUUUAAUAUUGCUUUGGUCUGUGUCUUUGCUAAAACAAGGUUACUAAGUGUUAAGAUUCUAUCAUGUGUAAUUUAUAUACAAAGAGUAGAAAAAUUUUCAGUUGGGUUUCAAUUAUAGUAUUAUAGUAUCAUAAAAAACAUGAAAGUCUUUCAUCUUAUUAAAGUGGAGUAAUUUGUCUAAAUCAGAAAUUUUAUAAGGGUUGUUUCAAAAUGUGAAUUUAUAAAAAGGGUUAAUGGCUAAAAAAGAGAUAGAAAAAAAUUCAAGAUGUGGAAAUAUAUUUUAAUAUAAAAGGUUAAAGGAAAAAGAAAUGUUUCUAGAUGAGAUAAUCUGUGUGUGGUAAAGUAAAAAGUUGUAAAAUGCCAUUUAAAAAGAUUUUGAGGAAACUAGACUUACUUUAAAAGCUUGAGAAAGGAAGAAAGAAGAAAAAGGUAUUUGUACAUGGCAGAUUGAGACAAAGCUUCUCAAUGGAGUUAAAAAAAAAAAGGCCUUUGGUUGAAGGGUAGCCAUGUAAACUAACAUUAAAGCAAUUUAAACAGAAUCUAAACCUCGUUUAAAAGAGUGAAGUUGUAGGUGGUGAAAAAGUACAUUUAAAAGUACAGUAUAGAUGAUAAUUAAAAGGCUUUAAAAGGUUAAAUUGAAGGUGGUUAAAAUGCCUUCAUGAUGGAAAAAAGAAGCUUAAUCUUAAAGGCAUUACUUUAAAAAAAUGGGAAGAUAACAGGAUAAAAGAUAUUUAGAUAAAGAAGAUUAAAUAUUUGAAGUGAAAAACUUUAAAGACAGAAGUAUAGAAAGUUAAAAAGAAAAAAAGAUAAAGAAGAUGUAGAAAGAUAAAAAAAAUGUAGGAAGACAAGAAUUUUAAACCCACAAAAUAGGAAGAAAAAAAAAAAAACUAGGAGGAAAAUAAGCAACUAAGGGUAAAUAUAAAAACAUUAGAAAAAAAAAACUAAAAGAUAGAAAUAAGAUAAAAAAUGUUUGAAAAUAUCAAGUAAGGUAUUACAGAUAGAAAAUGCAAAAGGCUAAGACAACUAUUAGAUACAGACAUGUACUUAUUAAAGCAAAAAGAGGGAAUUGGAAAGGGGUAUAUAUCCCCCAAAGAUAAACCUAAAAUAACGCUUUUUACACUAAACUUUUUAAAUUUGGAUUCAUAAGGACUUAGUGCUGCGGAAAGACAUGUAUCCAAAAAAUGUACAUAAGCCUAAGGUACUUUGGAAAGAUAUUCUAACAGGACAAUGGAAAGGUCCUGACCCAGUGAUUGUCUGGAGUCGGGGGUCUGUUUGUGUUUUUCCACAGGGAGAACAGCAGCCCAUUUGGAUUCCAGAGAGAUUAACUAAAACAGUUUCUACAGAUCGAAAAGAAGAUGAUUUGACUCAAAUCCAUAACAGCUGAUAUCCAGAACUCCAGCUUGGCCAUUCUUACAUCUGCGACAGUGAUUAACCAGGAUGCUUUUUUCAAUAGCUAUUUUAUUAUUGCAUUUUUCCACAUCAUAAGGUUCUAUUUUUAUUUUUUG